GCCGCAGCAUGGUGGACGAAGCGGCAAGCAAGAAGAUCUUGGAGUUGCUGCAGAGCAAGGAUGCCAUCAUUGAAGAGCUGAAUGAAGAAAAGAUGGUACUUAUGGAGCAGCUGGAGCAGGCGCUAUGGGACCUCGAGCACGCCAUCUCGAAGAACAAUGACGUUGUUCCAAGACAACAAUGUGAACGUACAGAAUUGGCGGACGAUGCAAGUGCGCUUCAUACAACGUUAUACGACCAACUCCGCGCAUUGGAGAGACAAGUGUCUGAUAUGAAGCACGACGACACCAUCGCGACAUGCGUGGUUGCGAACCAUGAGGAACUCUCGGCAGUCCGAUCCCGUGCUCACUCCAAGCACGAGGUACCCGGACAAGAAAGGAGACCACACAACGCCGAUGAGUACUUGCAACGGAAUCCACGCGUCGAAAUGCUUCAAUCACAAGCGCAGCCCUAUAGUCCAAGUCAUGACCGGUGCCUCAAGCAGCAAUGCACGACUGAGAAUCCACAGCAACCACGCUCGAUCAUGGCGCAAUCGAACAACGUGUCAGCGACGCCACGUCUAGACGACCUUGAAGCUACCCCUAAAGGCCUCGAUGCCAAGCAAGAAGCUGAAGUUUUCGGACUCACCAAUUCUGCUUUCCAUCAUGUGGAAUCCAUGGCGGCUCCUGGCGUCAGCAGCUCUACUGCUAGUACGUCGAACGGCAUCCAGCGCCUUCCCGACAACGCGACGUUGCUCCGUCGCCAGCUCGACGCGUUGACGUUGCAAUGGCAGCAAUCACAGGCAGACCACGUCACUCGCAUCCGCGCAUAUGAAGUCCGGAUCCAAACUCUGCAGGACGAAGUGGCCGACAGCCGACAAAAACUGCGGGCUUCCGAGACAGAAGCCAUGACGUUGCUUCAAUCGCUGCAACGUACUUCUGAAACAUUGAACGAUAUCGACAUCCAGCAUCAGAAAGACCUUGCCCUCCAAGCCAACGACCACGCGACCCAAACAGCAACGUGGCAAGCCAAAGUCGACCAACUUGAACACGAAAAACAAGAGCUCAUUCAUCACGCUGCGCUUGUCAUGGAGGCGGCUGAAAGCGCCAGCCAGGCAACAUCGCCACGAUACGUCAUGUCCGUCUCUACGUCGACAUACGACCUCGAGCAAGCGAAUGCGAUUGCCACGGAGAAUGCCGUAUUGGUCCAGUGUCUGCCUCAUCAUGAUGAUCAAGGAGGGCUCGUCGGCGACCACGGCAAUCCCAACGGAUCAACGCCCCAGGCUCACAGAUCGACUUCGAGCGAUACGUCACCGAUUACGUCGUGCACUUUAAUGCAGCAUGCAGAAGUAUUACGUGAGCUGGACGACCUCCAAGUACGACACCAGGCAUUGAUCCGUGAGAUGGAGCUCGAAAAGGAUACCAGCCGGCAAUGCCGGGACCACAUUGACCGGCUCGAACGGCAACUCGGCGAGUUUGCAGCGGUCGUCGCUGCCCAAGACAACGUCCAGGCCGUGUUGGAAUCCAAAGCGUCGUUUGCGCUCCUGUGCGCCGCUCGAGCCAUUCAACCAGCCACAUCCACGACUGCUUCAAUGCCAUCGACUGUCGACGACUGGAUCAAAAUCCUGACCGAUCUAUGGACCGAAGUCCACUCAACGACCUCGGUCGUCAAGACAACAGGCGAACACACGUCGGUCGCCAACGUGUCACGAAGCACGCUGUUGUGCUCCCAACUAUCCCCUAGAUUACCAUCGAGUCCCCACUGCCUGUCGGCUGAGGAGGAUGCGAACGAGAUCUCGUUGCACCGAGAUGCCGCGCCAGAGCACAUGUGUGCGUGGUAUUUGCAAGCGAAGAAGUGGGAGCAUGAGGUGCAAUUGUUGCAGCUUGAAAAGUGUUCGUAUGAGGACAUGCUGAAUGCCGUUCGACAAGCCAAAGCUGCGAGCGAUGCCGAGGCAACCGCUGCCCGUGCAGCCCUCCUAACGUGGCAAAAGAAGGCGUCGUUGUUGCAGGCGGACAUCGGGGCGGCGAACCAAACGCUCGAGCAUGUUCAAGGCGAGUUGCGCUCAACACUUCGAGAUCGUGGAGAAAUGGACCACAUGAUCCAUCGCCUUCGAGAAGAGUCGAGCCGACUCAAGAACAGUGUACGGCGAAAGCAAGAACUGAUUGGACAUUUGAAGCGAAGCCUGGACGCAGCAAAGCGUGCGUUGGCCGAAGAAAAGAAAACGAAACCCGUGGCCAGCAGCCACGCAGUUCCCGCGCAGACUCCUCGAUUGCACCAGCCACCUGUACUCCGACACGACUUUGACAGAGACUGGUUUGAUGCAGCCCUGUGGUCUCGUAGGACACGACUCGAUGGCAGCAACUUGCUCAACACCUUCAAGGCGAGAUCGCCCUGCUCAAAACAGACCAGUGCCACUUGCGUAGUCGAUGCGCUACAUUGCUCCAUGCAGUCAAACUCAAGGACAAGAUGCUUCACGAGUACUCCACCAGCCCCCAAGCUACAGCCACGUCCACCAACAGCACGACCGCAUCGCCGGUCGGUGAUGAUGCCAGCAGUACCAUAAUCAAAGACUUGAAGCGACGGUUGCUUCAGAAGCAGCUCCUUGUCGAUACCCUCAAGGCAAAAGGAAUGGCCCACGAGGCGCAACGGCUUGAACACCAACAACAAGUCCAUCGCCUGCAGGCCAAGCUUCACGUUCUAAAGCUUGGUACGUGGUGAUUCCCAUCGUCCAGGAAUCCAACGGUAUUUUUUCCAUAGAAGCAUCCACUGCGUCGGCCGCGGUUGGCCCCCAGUCGGACAUUGGCACGAGUGAAACGCAUCGCCUGUUGGAUGGACUUCGUGCUUGUGUGUUCGACGUCGCGCACAAGAUAUUGCACGUCACUACCAACACACCGGCAGUGCCACCGCUGUCCGACGAACGAUUGCAAGCCCUGGGGCUGACGUUCUUUUCGUCGACGGAUUUAGAAACGCUGACGACGCCGAUUCAAACGACAGUAUCGAGACAGCGAAAACACCACGUGCUCCACACGUUGGAGCAUGUGCUCGAAGCGCACCCCGACGACUGCCGCGACGUGUUGUUUGAUGUGUUUUGUGCCGCGUCCAACUUGCCCGCGCCCACCCACCCAUAACCAAAUCACGACCACCGUCGUAUGUAUCACACCGCGACAAGUUCAUCGUGGCAUGAAACACCUCUCGGGGCAUGCUUUACCGUUCAUCCGUCGUUUGCCAUCGGUGGAGGAGUUGCGCAGGCAGAAUUGGAUCGUUCCAAGGGGAAGCGGAACGGACGAGAUGAUGUGGACGUGAUGGUGUGUCGACUGCAAUCACUUCACGCCGCACAAGUGACUGCGCCAUGAUGAUGCGCACAGUUCGAGGACAUGACGAGGGGGCAGAGCAUACGUGACUGGAGUGUGGCUCCCAUGCCGUGCCAACACAUCAGAUUUUCCUGCAGGUCGCGUGGCAGAAAAGUUGCGAGCGGUGCGUGUGAGAGAGCGAUGGCGAGGACGACAGAAGACCAGUUGGCCUGACCCACGUGCAAG